CGGUAACUGAAAACGUUUAACGCUCAAAUUUAACUUAAAAUGAACACAUCGCUAACAUUUGAAGUGCUUUUAUACCUUAAUUCCUAUUAUUUUGGUUUAUUUGCGGUUUGUGAGAUUGGAAUGAAUAUUGUAAAAUACAUAAAUUUUACAAAUUUAGAACACUUUUCCGUCGAUUUUGGAAUACUUAUGGCUGUGUGCGUUAUAGAAUUUUUCCGUGUUAUUUUAGCCAGAGGGGGGAACCUUAUAGAGAGAAAAUGGCCUGUAUUUAUCGCAAUUUUACUAACAAUCCCUUCCCUCAUUGGAGUUCUUUAUUUGGUAUUGUGGCAAACCGAAGUUCUUCGAUUCGAGUACAUAAUAUGCGCGAUUCAAAUGACUUUACAAAUCGUCGAAAUUAUUACUGGCAUUCUGUGCCUAUUACCAUUCUGCAAGACUCCUGAAUAUUAUUAAUUAAGCCAAUUUUUACCAUCUGUUUCUAUCAAAAUAAACC